AUGGUAGCUCAAGAAGAUGUGCUUAGUUUCCCAACUCCUGUCUGUGACUUGGAUCUGAACACUGUCAAGGCAGAAGACCUGCGGAACAUUUCACACUCUUUCAACUUGGCCAGCAUUGGCUCUGGGCGACUGAACAGUAUGGUCAUGUGGUUCGACGUUUGGUUCCCUGGUGGAAUGAAACUCUCAACCUCACCUGACAAUGAAGAUACGCACUGGCAGAACACUGUGCUGCCACUGGCCACAGUUCCCCUUGAGCAAGAUAACCAGGUCAAGGGGGAGCUCCACAUCACGCAGGAUCUAACCAACCAUCGCUUCCUAAACGUGGAUCUCAAAUACUCGGUGAACAGCGGUGAAGAGAUAACAAGAUGUUUCAAGAUGGAUGAUAACUGCAAUGACAAUGACUUCUGA